CUUUUUGUGUGUUUUCUCUUUUGCCUGCGUGUGAGGAAGUGUUCCUUUCCUGCCGGGGGAGGGUCCUGGAUUAACUGGGCUCUGUUUGCCUUCAUACCAAACGCUCCGCCGAUAACUGCUCUGCCGGAGGAUACAAUGUAGCCAGAUGAAUGCAGAGCUAACGGCUGCUGAGGUUUAUGUUGGCAGAUUGCAGAGCGAGAGAAGAAGGAGGAGGAGGAGGAGGAGGAGUUGGAGGAGGUUGUUUUUCUGUUUGUGUGAAGGAGGAGCUGGAAAAGAAGCCUGUCUUCACCAGCGCUGGUGGUUUUAAUGCUGUAGGGAGAGAAGAACAGAAUAACUGAGAAAAGAGAAAGGAAGACAAAAAAACGAGCUUGCGUCAGGAUAAAAUUGCCUGAUAGGGGAGAUGUACCAGGUUUAACGCAGCAUGUCAAUUGGAACGAAGCACCCAGAGGCAGAGACGGGAUUGGUUCCGAGCGUUCAAGACUUUGAUAAGAAGCUAGCUGAAGCCGACGCCUACCUACAGAUUCUGAUCGACCAGUUAAAGGUGUUUGAUGACAAGCUCAAGGACUGCACAGAGGAUGAGUCCCGCAGCAAAAUAGAAAUCUUGAAGGAGACCACUUGUAGCAUGGUAGAAUCCAUCAAGCACUGUAUCGUACUGCUGCAAAUCGCUAAGGACCAAAGUAACGAACAGCAACACGCGAACGGACUUAUAAGCACCAUAAACCCAGUGGAUGGGAUCUACCAACCCUCUUUGGACCCUCCCGUAGUCAACACCACAAUGCCAACACAGACCACACUACCCACAGACGCUUCUCAGGUGUGUAAAUCCGACGUACGCCCCUCGACGUUGUCCGUGGGUCCCAUCGUCACGGUGAUGGGCAGUCUGCAGACCCCAACUCCCAACAGCACAGGGAGCGGUCCGUCGGGCCCCAGCAGCGGCAUCGCCUCCCCCACUCACAUCCCCCUCCCCUCCCACUCGGUGCCAGACUUCUCUUACUCCUCCAGCGAGGACGAGUUCUACGAUGCGGACGAGUUCUACCAGAGCAGCACUUCCCCCAAACACUGCAUAGAUCCCUCAGGGCCUCAAGCUGCCUCGCUGCUCACCAAUGAGGCGAUGGGAUUGAAACGGCCGAACACCACCGAGUCCCUGAACUCGUCCAUGUCCAACGGCACCACGGAUGCAGACCAGUUUGACCACGAAGACCGCGAUGACGACGGAGAGGGCGAGUCUGUGGAGGAGCACAAGAGCGUCAUCAUGCACCUUCUCUCUCAAGUUCGUUUAGGCAUGGACCUCACAAAGGUGGUCCUGCCUACUUUCAUCUUGGAAAGGAGAUCUUUGUUAGAAAUGUACGCAGACUUCUUUGCACAUCCAGACUUAUUUGUAAGUAUUGCUGAGCAGCUGGAGGCCCGGGACCGCAUGGUUCACGUGGUAAAGUGGUACAUGUCAGCUUUCCAUGCAGGGAGGAAAGGCUCUGUGGCCAAGAAACCCUACAACCCAAUCCUGGGGGAGGUCUUCUACUGCCACUGGGAUCUGCCCAGCGAAACCGACGAGCCUUCCCCCAACACGGAGACUGUGUCAGAAGGUCCAGUUCCGUGGUCUUCAUCUAACAGCGUGUGUUUUGUGGCUGAGCAGGUCUCUCACCACCCACCCAUUUCUGCAUUCUACGCAGAAUGUUUAAACCAGAAGAUCCAGUUCAAUGCCCACAUCUGGACCAAGUCUAAGUUCUUAGGCAUGUCCAUAGGUGUCCACAAUAUUGGCCAAGGCUGUGUGUCAUGUUUGGAGCACGAUGAACAUUACGUCCUCACCUUCCCUAACGGAUACGGCAGGUCGAUCCUGACCGUGCCGUGGGUGGAGCUGGGUGGGGAGUGCAACAUCUCCUGCUCCAAGACCGGCUACAGUGCCAACAUCGUGUUCCACACCAAACCCUUCUACGGAGGGAAAAAGCACAGGAUCACCGCUGAGAUUUUUUCACCUAACGAUAAGAAGUCUUUCUGCUCCAUCGAAGGAGAGUGGAACGGAGUCAUGUAUGCCAAAUGGGCAACUGGAGAGAACACUGUGUUCAUAGACACAAGAAGGAUCAGAAUCAUCAAGAAGAAAGUGAGAAAGCUGGAAGACCAGCUGGACUAUGAGUCUCGGAGAUUGUGGCGAGAUGUGACGUUGAACUUGAAGCAGAGAGACAUUGAUGCAGCAACGGACGCCAAGCACCGGCUAGAGGAGAAACAGCGCGCCGAAGCCAGAGAAAGGAAGGAGAACGAGCAGCAGUGGGAGACCAGGCUGUUCCACGAGGACGGGGAGUGCUGGGUGUAUGACGAGCCUCUAUUAAAGAGAUUAGCCUCUCAGAGGCCCUGAGAAGACGGGGCACACGCUGAUACACACGGCAUACAUAUGCAUAAAUAAAUGCACACACAAGAGUCUUCAUAAGAACUCUUUUGGGGGGAAAAAAAAAAAAACUUCUUUUCCAAGCCUUGGAAUGACUGAUGAUUGAAUAUGUACACACGCUUUGCAUUUGACUGUAAAACAACAAUAUGGAAAUGAAUGACAUCCAAUGGAAAAGCAUUUAAGAUCUUACGUGAAACUAGUUAAAAGCUCCUCUCCUCAUUUGGGCAAAUUCACCUCCACCGAUACCCGCCGAGACGAGACUGGGCACCGCGCGGUGAAGACGGGAGCGUCGGCACAUCUCUCCUCCGCGCCGCCGCUUUGUAGGACCGCGCCCUACAUCAGCCCCGGAGAACGAGGCAGAGCAGCGCUCCUUUUCCCUACACAAACGUUUGUUGUUUUUGGAUUGGGGAGAGGAGGGGGCAAGGUGUGUGCGUGCGUGCGUGCGUGUGUUUGUGUGUGUGAUUGAAGGUGUUCAAAUCAAAUAAACCUUGAAAGCAAACAAACAACAAAUUGGCGCUCUACAUCUCAGGGAAUCCGGUGACUGAGGAGAGAAAGCUGCUGCCCCCUCCGAGAGUCUGGCAGCCUUAUAACGGUGGAAGUGAUGAGUCUUAAAGGGGCGGAGGAGAAAUUCUCCGCUUGCCUGCAACUAGUUGUAACUGUUGUUUAUAUAUAGAUAUACAUAUGAUCGAUAUAUAAAUAUAUAUUCCUUUUUUUCAAUUCUGUUUUGUUUAUUUUUCUUUCUGGCAAUAGUGUAAAAAAUGAGUAUAUGAACGACUUUACAUUUUUAAGCAAUCAUUCCAUUUUUUUUUUUUGUGUUUCAUUUCCAUUACGGGGUCGCCGUGGCAACACCUUUUGUCCGUCGCACCGUUCAGAGGCAAAGCCCUACAUAAGCCAUAGCAGCCAAACUCACUGAUAAGGAGGGUUGUGAUAGAUUUCUGAAACAUAUGCAAUAAAGAGAUCAUUGACGUUGCCUGUUCAAAGGACACAUUUCUGUGUCCAAAAUGUAAAAACGAUUUGGAUAAAAGGCUGAAGGGACUUUCUCUCUGGGCAGAGAACAAGCAAUCCUCUGAAAAUGUUACCUGAAGACAUGAACGAACAAAUGAGUACAUAUUUGUGUUUCACGGUGAGGACGUUGGACUGAGUCCAUAAAGCCUCCUUGUUCCCGUUUUCUUCUCCAAACCCUCAGAGGUCAGACUGGAUCACCGUGAUGGUUCACGCGUGGUCAGGAAGCGAGGAGAGUGAAAAACAAAGAACCAGUGUAGACUUUUGGAACACUGCUCUUGUGUCACAGUGCCGCUUUUCGUCCAGACUGCGUCUGCUGUCUUCAAUUGUCAACUUCAUUAUAUAUUAUUUUUUAGAUCACCACAUAGAGGGCAAUAUUUACUGCACAUCUGUCCUUAAACCAUUCAUUCUCUUCUUUACGGCUCUGUUGAUUGGAUAUAGGUGCAAUGAUUUGGGAAUAAACAUCUGAAAUAAAACCUUUUUACCUGAGGAUGCUUAGGAACAUCUCUCAGUGGUGUAGCGAGAUCCCGUCAGAAAUUCCUGUGGUUGAUUUCAAUGAUUAUUGAAGGAUCCAUGUCUUAUAUUCAAUGAAUCUGUUGAAGGGGAUUCAUAAAGACAAAACAUAUUCCUGGUGCUGUGUGUUUGUGUGAGAAAAAUCAAUUGAAACAAUGUAUUCCUGUAAACUCGUCAAGCAUACAAAAAUGCUUCGAAAUGAGCCAAAUUAAAUUCAGUGUCCAAGCUCAAUUAGUUUUAAUUACCUUUUUUCCCUCCAUGCUAUGUCUUUGUAAAUUAUAUUGAAUCGAGGCCUUGCCAUACAUUUCAGUAUCACUCAGUAUUGCCUAAUAGAGAGCAAUCAAAAUGUAUUUUUAUUUUCAUUUUGAUCAUAACCAUUGAUUGUAUUUAUUGAUGCAUAAUAUUAAAUCUCCAUAAGUUUA